UACAUUAGAAAGCAUAAUGGAUUUCGAAAACACGACUGAAGUGGAAAAUUAUAAAGGAAUAAAUGAACCCGACAACGUUACAUUAAACGUUGAAUCAAACCAGCUUUGGAACAAAUAUGAUCCCAGCAAGUUGAAAACAGCAAAAAAUUCAAAACUAAAAUUUGAAGAAAAACCACAAAGAUCUGCGAAAAAUGCUUGGGCAAAGUUAGCAGACAUGAAAGCAAAAUGGACGGAAGAAAAAUAUGAAGCGGAAAUAAAAAUAAUAUAUGCGGAGCACAAACAAAGAAUGAAGCUAUUAGAAGAAAGUAACAACCUAUCAACGAAGUUGAUGAAAGAAAAACAUGAUUUGGAAAUGAAAAUUUUAGCAGUAGAUUUGGAAAGAAAGAAAAAGGAGCUGGAAGGGUGA